AUGGUAUGGGAAGUAAAGAAAAUGAUAUUUAGAAAUUUCGAUACAAACAGCAACAACAACAAUAGUAAUAACAUUCAUAAUGUUAAUGAUCAAGAAUUCAACGAUUAUUUGAAUCAAGAAUCAAUAAAUUCAGAUUUAUCAAAACAACACCAAUUAAAUGACGCGAGCGAAUUACUUUAUCUUCAACUGCCUGAAAAUGUUAAGGCAAUAUUGGAUAAACUUAAAUUAUUGCAACGAAAUGAAAAAUCUUAUGUUUUCGAUCAAAAAUUAGAAAAUGAAGAACAAGAUGACGAUAAUCAACAUCUAAACCCAAACACUACAACUGAUAUUAGCAACUCUAUGGAUGAAUAUUCCAAUAAGGGUACCAACAAUAAUGGUAGAUCUAGAUAUGGCGGUGGUAGUCAAUAUGCAAAACGUCAAAGUCAUUCGUCAUCCAGAACUUCAAAUUCAUCAUUUGCUUCAGCCCAAUCAAUAAAUCCUACAAAAAGUUCUUCUCUAAUAAAGCUUAUAGAUGCCUCGUCACUUUUAACAAAUACAAUUAGAACUUUAUUAUCAAAACAUAGUCAAACUUUGAUAAGUGCAUUUGAUGAUUCGGAAACUUUGGAUGCUUAUAAUGAGUUGAAUGUCAAAGUUAAUGAAGAAUCUGAUCAUGUAUUAAAACAAAUUAGAAUUAUCACUGCUCAAGGAAAAGUGAAUGAAUUCAUUGCCUAUGGCCAGAUGGUUUAUGAAGAGUUGAUUUCUCAUACAAGCCUUUUGGUUGAAUCGUUAACUUCUUUUGUAAAUUUUGUUCUGUUACAUCUUCCAAUUAUAUAUGAAGAACCAAUAGAACUUAAUAUAAACAAUAUCGAGGAACAAUCACCAUCAUCGUCCUUAAUCGAAGUUCGUAAGAAAGUUAUGAAUAGUCUAUCAUCAUUAAAAAGACGUUCUACAAUUCCGAUAAAAUCCGUGUUUACCACUUCAGAUAUAAAAAGAUCAUCAUAUAAUUACGAAAAUGGUGAAGAAAAUAGUAGGAAUUAUAAAGGUGGUGAUAGGAAUGCAAGAAAAGAUAACCAAAAAUAUGUCCGUAAUAGUAGAAGUAAUAGUACGGCAACUUCUAUUUCCGAAUUUGGACAAUCAUCGUUGCCACCUGUACACUCUUUCUCAAACAAUAUUCCAAAAUCUGGUGGUUUUAGAUCGAGAGCUGGCAGUAUAGGUUCAAGUAAAUCUAACGCAACUUCUAAUUUUUCAAUUUCGUCUGCUGUUACAAUGCCUGCUGCAUUGUAUUCAACUACAACAGCUAGAUCAAAAAAACUUGUAUUUACUGGAAAUAAUCAUAAACCAAUUUCACCAUUAUCAGGCUCUUACGAAUUAUUUUCAACCAACACCAACAUCAACAACGAUCGUAAUAAUCAUUUACAUAAUGCCUCUACUUUACCGCCACCAUUAAAAUUAGUAACUACAAACUUGCUUAAUAUACACGAAGAUGAACCAUCAUUACAAAAUACUUCAAACUACGCCAAUAACACCAAUAACAAUUCAUCACCAAGACCAAGACGUUCUUCACAUAGUAAUAUAAAAUCAUAUUUCAUGAAACAUAUUUAUUCAUCCGGAAUCUCUCCCUCAUCUAAUAAUUCCUCUUCAAAAACAUUAAAAACAUCAAAAUAUGACUCAUUAAAUUAUUGGCCUGUGACAGAAAAUCCGAUGGUAUUCGAUUCACCUUCUUCCCCAUCUAUACCAAAUUUUAAUAUCAAUAAUAGUAGUGGUAAUGGUAACAAUAACAGUUCUUCAAGUAAUAAGUUCCCGGGUCGUUCAUUAUUUAAAGGUUCUGUUUUAAAUGGUGUUAUAAGUGGUAUUAGCGGUAACAAUAAUACUGGGAGUAAUAGUGGUGGUAAAAAUGCUAAAAAUAAAAGAUCUAAACUUAAUAAAAUGAAUAAUGAACCAUCCAAGCCUUUGCCUGAAUCAUUAAAAACUAAAGAAAUUUACGAAUCGUCACAAGAUGGAUUGAUUAUUGAGUUGGUGGAUGGAAGUCCUCGAGUUCUUGCAGGUACCCUUGAGAAAAUGUUAUUAAGAUUGGCUGAUGAAUAUGAACAAGAUAACGAAUUUAUUGAUUGUUUUGUUUUAAGCCAUGUGUUUUUUAUCACUUCAGAAGAUUUUCUUGAGAGUAUGAUAGCUCGAUUUAUCACAGAAAAUAAAAACCCAUUAAUUCAAAAAAAAGUUUUGAUUGUAUUUGAACGAUGGGUAGCAAUACAACCACAGGAUUUUCUUAUUGACUAUAAAUUAUACGAGCGAUUAAUGGAUUUUUUAAAAGAUAAUGUGAUGAAGACAAUAACUACUACUUCAAUUACUUCAACUACCACCACAACAAAUAAUAUUAGUUGUGGAUUUCAUGAAGAAUUUGAAUAUAUUCAAAGUGCUUUAGAAAUGGAAAAAUCACGACAAAUUCCAACAUUGAAUGAUUCCUCACCAUUAUUAGAAUUUGAACCUAAAUCUAUAGCAAAAUAUUUAACAUUGAUGGAUUAUUGUGCUUUGAAAUCUAUUACAUUCUUUGAUUUCAUUACUAUUUGGUGGAAAAAACGUCAAACGUUUGAAAGUGGCGGUAGUAGCAGCAAUUCGUGUACUAGUGACAAUUCGAGUGUUGAUAACAAUGGUGGUGUAAAUUUAAAAACAUAUGAAAGUCAAUUGGAUGCUUUUACGAGAAGAUCUAACAUGUAUUGUAGAGAAUGGAGCAAUUUUCAUACAGCAAUGUUUAUAGCGCUAGCAUUAAAUUCACGACCAGUUCGCCGACUAGAGAAAACAUGGGAAUCAUUGUCAAAUCAGGAUAUUUUGAAUUUACAAAAUAUCGAAGAAUUAAUUGAUACAUCUGGAAAUAUGAAAAAUUAUCGAAAAGCUUUAACAAAUGCCAACAAUAAUAGGUCUCCUGUUGUGCCAUUUUUCGCCACAUUUUUAAAAGAUUUAACAUUUAUUAUGGAAGGUAAUCCCACCUAUUUACCACUUGGUCAUCAACGAGAAGUAAAAUUACGAAAUCCAUCAAAUUUAUCAACGUCAACGAAAGAGCAUCAAUCAGAAACCCAAGAACUCAAGUUAUCUUCUUCAAAUACGUCAUUAAAUACCGUAUCAUCAUCAACAACAACACAUAAUAGUAGUAAUAGUAAUGUGGUUGCACCGUUAGAUCAUAUAGGUGAAGUGAUAGAAAGGCGUAUGUAUGCUGUUGCUGGUUCAAUAUUUAGUGCUAUACCACCUUGUAUGACUUAUCUUCGUGUAAUAAAUCAAAGUUCAAUAGAUAAAAUACAAAAAAUUAUUCAAGAUAUAGUUGACGAGCAAUGUAAAAAAAAGAAUUGGUCAAAUAUGAAAAUCAAAAAACAUUCAAUUCUUCCUGAUGUUUUAUGUGUUCCAGUUAGAGGACCUUUUGAUAAUAUCAAACCUUUUAAAAAAGAAGUUAUUGUUGAUGUUCAUACUGGUGUUUCAAUUCUUCGUGGUGCUGAUGUUUUUGCACCAGGAGUUUUAGCAGCUCAGAAUGUGGAAGCUAAUGAAGAUGUUGCUAUAAUGGUUGAUUUAGAUGGUAAAUGUUUAAGGGGAUAUUUAAAAAAUUUUACUGGUAGAAAAUUAUUUGUUGGAAAUGGAAAGAUGAUUUUGAGUCGAGAUCAAAUAUUUCAAACUGAUCCAUCAUUGAUAUCAGGAAUAGGUGUACUAAUGACACAACCAAUCUAUCGUACACCAUCAUUAUCAAAUUUAAAAUCCUUAAUUUUUCUACAAAAUCUACCAAGUAUUUUAACUGGACAUUUAUUAAAUUUAAAACCAAAUCAACGUGUAUUAGAUAUGUGUGCAUCACCAGGUGGCAAAACAACUCAUAUAGCAAAUCUUUUCUCCAACAACUAUGGUAAUAAUGAUAAUCAAAAAGAAGAACAAAGGGAUGCUUUAGUUAUAGCAAUUGAUAGGUCAGAAAAAAAAUUAGAAAAAAUUAGAAAAAAUUGUAAAGAUUGUAAAGUCAAAGAAAAUCUUGUAAAGUGUUUUUGCUUAGAUGGCACAAAAGCAGUACUUUGUCAACAAAAAGAUAUUGAUGAAUUUAUAGAUACACAACCUGCUUAUCAAAAAAAAUUAUUUGAAUCAGCUUUUUCACUCUUAAAACCUGGUGGAACAUUAAUAUAUUCAACUUGCACGAUAAAUCCAUCCGAAAAUGAAAAAAUUGUAUCAUGGGCAUUACAAACCUUUAAAGGAAAUUUAAUUUUAUUAGAACCUGAAAUAAAAUUGGGUAAACCAGGCCUUUUGAAUGCUGGUUUAAGUGAUGAGCAAAGAAUGAUGGUACAAAGAUUUGAUCCUAGUGCAAGUAUGAAGAUGAAUGAAGAAGAUGAUUGUAAUGAUAUUGGUGGAAAAACUAUUGUUGCAAAACCAUGUGCAGACCAUCUGAUCUUACAAUUUUUAUCUACCAAAAAAAUAUAUCCUCUUGAUAUAUUAUUUAUCUCCAAUGCUUCAAAUAAUGAUUGA